AUGGCUUCCGCUGCGGCGGCUUCUCCUUCUCUCUCCUUAAACAAAACCCCUCCCUUCAAACACCAAACUUCCCUAACCACCUGGCUUAAACCUCCUUCCUCCUCCGCCCUCUUCCGCCGCAAAAUCAUCCCUUUAUCUUCUCCGGUCAAACGCCUCUCACUUCCUCCGAUUUCAGCUUCUUCCUCCUCCUCCUCCUCUUCUACUUCUCUCUCCGUCACCGAGAAACCCACUUCGAAUUCCGUCCAUUUCCACGGCAAUCUCAUCGAGAGCUUCGAGAAUCAGGACUCUUUCGCCGGAACCAUCAACGGAACCAGCUUAAUCGACGAGCUCGAGAAUCCAGUCCAAAGGAACGGACUUUCCGGGAGGAGGCGGCUGUUUAUGCAAGACCCACCAUGGAUCUCUGCGUUGUUCCUCAAGGGUCUAAGCAAAAUGGUUGAUCAGACAUUAAAAAUCGAGCGCAAAGACAUCGACAAGAGGAAAUUCGAUUCCUUGAGGAGACGACAGGUGAAGGAAGAGACUGAAGCCUGGGAGAGGAUGGUCGAUGAGUACAGAGACUUGGAGAAGGAAAUGUGCGAGAAGAAUCUAGCUCCGAAUCUGCCGUAUGUGAAGCACAUGUUCUUGGGAUGGUUUCAGCCGCUGAAGGAUGUGAUUGAGAGAGAGCAGAAGCUGCAGAAGAACAAGAGCAAGAAGGUUAGAGCAGCUUAUGCGCCUCACAUUGAGCUUUUACCUGCUGAUAAAAUGGCGGUUAUUGUGAUGCAUAAGAUGAUGGGUUUGGUUAUGUCUGGACAUGAAGAUGGGUGUAUACAAGUUGUUCAAGCUGCUGUUAGUAUUGGCAUAGCUAUAGAGCAGGAGGUGAGGAUUCAUAAUUUCUUGAAGAGAACUCGGAAGAGCAAUGAAGGAGACUCACAAGAGGAAUUGAAGGAGAAGCAAUUGCUUAGGAAACGAGUCAAUAGUUUGAUUCGGAGGAAAAGGAUGAUUGAUGCACUAAAAGUGGUGAAAUGUGAAGGUAUUAAACCAUGGGGGAGAGCCACACAAGCUAAGCUUGGAAGCCGUCUGCUAGAGCUAUUGAUCGAAACAGCGUAUGUGCAACCUCCACUGACUCAGUCAGGGGACUCAAUACCUGAGUUUCGACCUGCAUUCAGACACAAGUUUAAAACCGUGACCAAAUAUCCAGGGUCAAAGUUGGUGAGGAGAUAUGGAGUUAUUGAAUGUGACUCGCUCCUCCUUGCAGGACUUGAUAAAUCUGCUAAGCAUAUGUUAAUUCCUUAUGUUCCGAUGUUGGUACCGCCAAAGAGAUGGAAAGGAUAUGACAAGGGUGGUUACUUGUUUUUGCCUUCCUAUAUCAUGCGUACUCAUGGGUCCAAAAAGCAGCAAGAUGCACUAAGAGAUAUUAGCUCCAAGACUGCUCAUAGAGUAUUUGAGGCAUUGGAUACACUUGGGAACACCAAGUGGAGGGUGAAUAGGAAAAUACUCGAUGUGGUGGAAAAGCUCUGGGCUGAUGGAGGCAACAUUGCAGGCUUAGUAAAUCGUGAAGACGUUCCCAUACCAGAGAAACCAACCUCUGAGGACCCAGAAGAAAUGCAAUCCUGGAAAUGGAGUGCUCGAAAGGCCAACAAGAUUAACAGAGAGAGGCAUUCUCUAAGAUGUGAUGUUGAGCUCAAGCUUUCUGUGGCUAGAAAAAUGAAAGAUGAGGAAGGAUUCUACUACCCUCACAACGUUGACUUCAGAGGCCGUGCAUACCCAAUGCAUCCUCAUCUGAAUCAUUUGAGUUCUGAUCUUUGCCGUGGAACCCUGGAGUUUGCUGAAGGACGACCACUUGGAAAGCAAGGCCUGUAUUGGCUUAAAAUACAUCUUGCAAACCUCUUUGCGGGUGGUGUUGAAAAGCUUUCACACGAUGGGCGCCUGGCUUUUGUGGAAAACCAUUUGGAUGAUAUAAUGGAGUCAGCUGAAAACCCUGUUCAUGGAAAACGAUGGUGGUUAAAGGCUGAGGAUCCUUUUCAGUGUUUAGCUGCAUGUGUUAUUCUGACACAAGCCUUGAAAAGCCCUUCGCCUAGUUCUGUAAUCUCCCACUUGCCUAUUCAUCAGGAUGGGUCGUGCAAUGGUCUACAGCAUUAUGCAGCUUUAGGAAGAGAUAGUUUUGAAGCUGCGGCAGUUAAUCUAGUUGCAGGAGAAAAACCAGCUGAUGUCUAUUCUGAAAUUUCACUGAGAGUUCAUGAAAUAAUGAAGAAGGACAGCAAUAAGGAUCCUGAGUCAAACCCAACCGCCGCAUUGGCAAAGAUCCUUAUCAAUCAAGUCGACAGGAAGCUGGUAAAGCAGACAGUAAUGACUUCAGUAUAUGGUGUCACCUAUGUUGGAGCGCGUGAACAAAUAAAAAGAAGAUUAGAAGAGAAAGGUGUAAUCACUGACGAGAGAAUGUUAUUUGCUGCUGCUUGCUAUUCUGCAAAAGUGACACUAGCAGCUCUUGGAGAGAUAUUUGAAGCGGCACGUGCCAUUAUGAGUUGGCUUGGUGAUUGUGCAAAGAUCAUCGCUUCCGAUAAUCAUCCAGUGCGAUGGAUCACACCUCUUGGACUUCCUGUUGUGCAGCCCUAUUGCAGAAGUGAAAGACAUCUGAUACGAACAUCUCUUCAGGUUUUGGCUUUGCAGCGAGAGGGUAACACGGUGGAUGUUAGGAAACAAAGAACUGCAUUUCCUCCCAACUUUGUGCACUCGCUGGACGGCACGCACAUGAUGAUGACUGCUGUUGCAUGUCGAGAGGCCGGCCUAAACUUUGCAGGUGUGCAUGACUCCUACUGGACACAUGCAUGUGACGUUGACACAAUGAACAGAAUACUCAGAGAGAAAUUCGUUGAGCUUUACAACACUCCGAUCCUUGAAGAUUUACUUCAAAGUUUCCAAGAAUCAUACCCGAAUCUCGUGUUUCCUCCAGUACCAAAGAGAGGGAAUUUCGAUUUAAAGGAGGUCCUCAGAUCACAAUACUUCUUCAACUGA